AUGGAUCCUUUAACUUGGAGAAUCAACGCAGACAGCUCCGCCCCGUCGACGGUGAUUCCUGGGUGGGCAGCCGACGCAGGCGACGUUAUUCUUCGCAUUGAGGCGCGAGUGGUGUUACGGCUCUUGGCGGGUGACCAAGACAUGAUGCCGCCCCAAUUGAUCUCGCACUUUUGCCGGCGGAGAAUUUCUUCUUCCGACGACGUCGCCGCCGAGGACUCCCACUUCACCAUCCCCCAGCCUUACUACCACAUCAACCAUGAGGCCGCCUGGGAGGAGCAGACGCAGCGGAUGUUCUACCGCGUCGCGGCGAAUCACGUGCGCCCUGCCGACCUCGACCUUCUCGCUCAAGCUUUCCGCACAUACACCUACGCGGUGCUCGACCUAUUUCCGAUCACGGAGUUGGUCUUUGUGGAGUUCUUCUCCGUCAUUGAAAUCCCCGACGCUCCUUCCUCUUCUGACAGCCACCUUCGCUAUUUGAUUCCUCUGGAGACCUAUGAAUACUUUUUCGAGGACGACGACGAUGUCGACGUCAUCCAGUUCGGCAGAGGGUCGUGGCCGGCGUCUGCAGAGGCAGUGGAGGGGCUUCAGAUGGUAACUACAACGGGAGAAGAUAGCUCAUGUCCCAUCUGCCUCGAUGACUUCGAUGAGAUGAGUCAGGUUUUGGCGAUGCCUUGCGGCCAUCCGUUUCACGAAGUGUGUCUGAUGGAGUGGCUGAAGCAGAGCAAUUCUUGCCCCCUCUGCAGAUUCUCACUUCCGGACGCCGAGUAA